AUUGCACGUCUGUCAAGUUUUAGAAAAACAAAAAACAUCACCAUUUGAUAUUACAGGAUUGUAACAUUUCUGUUUGAGAAAUUGGAAGUGCGUAGUAUAUAAAUGUUGGAGACGUGUCUUCGUAAACAACAUUUUGGUAAGAAAAUAAUCGAAAAUUGGGAAGUAAAUAAACCGAUAUUUAGUGUUAUCCGUUCUGAAAUAUAGAAACUUAGAAAUAGAAGAUAAUGCAUUGGAUAUUGGCAUGUACCUUGUUUGUGGCAGUUAAUAGUUUUUCAGUCACGGGAAAUAUAGAAGUUAGGAAUUCCCAAAACUCGUCAGUGGAGGAAUCCAUAUUGGACGGUAUCAUGAACGAAUUACAAGGGACAUGCUUACCGGACAAUAACAACAAAACAGCCAAAGAGAUAAUACAGGACACACAGACAAUCAUCAACAAUAUGGUAAUGUACAAGGAUAUCGUCAAAUUGAAUAAACAACUGAAGGAUGAAAUUCAAUGGAUAAUAAAAGAAUCAGGUGAUGAACAGUUAGUCUCUCGAAUAUUAGGAUUGAUUAAACGAGAUGCAAAAGGAAUAUGUGGAAAGCAAAUUGCAAACGAUUGUACAACACUACAGAAAUUUGAUUUAUGUUCUGGUGUUUAUAAGAUAUAUCCCGAAAACAACUUUUAUGAUGUAGAUGUUUAUUGUGAUAUGACAACAGAUGGGGGAGGUUGGACUAUUAUUCAGAGAAGACUUGAUGGAUCUGUUAAUUUUCAAAGAACAUGGACAGAUUACGAAAAUGAAUUUGGGAAUAUUGAUGGAGAAUACUGGUUAGGAAACAAACAUAUCCACAGUCUGACAUCUAGUGGUAAAUAUGAACUUAGAAUAGACCUGACAGGCACGUCCAAUACAGGGAAGUAUGCUGUGUAUAAAACGUUUGUUGUUGGAGAUGCAGCGUCCAAGUACAAACUGACUAUUGGGAAUUAUAGUGGAAAUGCAGGUGAUCAAAUGGCUUAUCAUAAUGGAAUGAAGUUCUCAACGACUGACCAGGAUAAUGAUGAAGGUGGUAAAUGUGUAGAAUCUUGGGGGCCAUGGUGGCAUAAAAACUGUUGCCACAGUGGCCUUAAUCAGGAAUUCAAAAAGAACCUGCGCUGGGGGUCUGUCGACGCCACAACGUCAGUUAUGAUGAUCAGAAAACUAUAA